CAAGGAAGCAGCAGCCCUUACUGUAAGAGUGAAAGUCUAAAACCCUGUCUGUCUGUCUGUCUCUGCCUAUGUCUGCCUGUCUCUCUACCUGUCGGGACCUGCCUGUCUACUGUCUCUGCCUGGGGAACACGGUAAAGUACCGUCCUUCGCGUAAGGAUGCUUCGUCCGGGUCGAAGUCCUACUAGCCCCGAGCCAGCCUUUGUCCCAUGAGGGGUAGACUAUUCUUGUGCAUUAUUCUUCUGCUGCUGCUUUGCUCCCCUAUUGACCGACCGAUUCAAUGUUAAGCAUACGAUCGCAAGUCUUUUUGACGUUGCGAACCAAGCUGAGGAAUAGUGGAGGAUUUACUUCCUUUGCUUUGCAGUCGGUACCAAAGGAAUCAAUUCGUCUUUGUUCACUGAUAGUCUGUCUGUCUAUAUGGAUGUAUGUAUGUACGGGGGGAAACAUGAUACCUGAUCUGUCUGUGAUGGCGGCUUCUCGACACUCAUUCUCUCCCUUUCCUUUCUUCUUCCCAUCCAAGACCACAGUAGUGCACCCUCACCAAAGCCUAAGCCCAAGCCUAAGUCUAAGCCUGCAACGCCAACCAGUCCCAAACUUCCAUCCCCCCCAGCACCCGCGCUCCGUUGGUGGACUGCUGGGUGGGGUGAUCUCCGUGCUCACCAGCCAGUGUUUGCCAGCAAUUGCCCUCCCUGAUUCAGGCCAGGAACACCUCCGGUCCUUGGCCCCGGCUGCUCUUCUCUCUUCGUGGCCUCUCAUCCUGAUGCUACAACCAGUCCUACCAAGUUUCCUUACAUGCCUUGAAACCCAUGUCAAAUGUCAAGAUAAAUUAGUUUGAAACCAAUCACCUAUUAAGUGGCCAUUAAUCAAGUCCGGACGGACUUGCUUGCGUGUUGCGCCACCCUCUUCUGCAACCGAAUCAUUCUCAUCCAGAUGAUCCCCAUGAGAGCGGUCUACACACAUGCGACACACGCAUUGUCUAUUGUAUAAUAGC